CAGUUGCAAUCUGAGACUUCAGGCUCGGGAUAAGGUGUACACUGCUGGAAGGGGCGAUGGCGGUGGCCCUGGGGUGUGCCAUCCAGGCCUCCCUGAAUCAGGGCUCGGUGUUUCAAGAGUAUGAUACUGACUGUGAAGUCUUCCGCCAGCGCUUCCGGCAGUUCCAGUACAAAGAAGCAGCCGGGCCCUACGAAGCUUUCAACAAACUCUGGGAGCUCUGCUGUCAGUGGCUGAAGCCAAAGAUGCGUUCGAAGGAGCAAAUCCUGGAGCUGCUAGUGUUGGAGCAAUUCCUAACCAUUCUGCCCAUGGAGAUAGAGACCUGGGUGAGGCCAUUCGGCCUGCAAAAUAAAGAAAUCAUUUUGGCACUGGUAGAAUUCUUACAGACAGAACCUGAGAUACAAGAGGAGCAGAUCGACGGGCAGGAAAUGCUGUUGGAAGAACUGGCACCAGUGGAGAUGGAACACAUGCCACCAGACAUCCACCUGGAGUCACCCCCCCUCCAAGUCUUGGGACCUGGCCCCGAGGCCCCAGUGGCAGAGGCGUGGAUGCCACAGGUGGGGCCACAGGAGCUGGGCUUCGGUGCUGCUGGGGCGUGCCAGCCCUUUCUGGACCCUGAACACCCACGAUCAAAGGCUGAGCAGAGGUCCCCAGAAGAGCAGGGACAAGAGCCAUGGGUGAAGACAAUACAGGAUCCCAAGGAAGUGAAGCAACAGUUACUUGACCCCGAGAUAGAUGGAAAUGCACUGCUUGGUCCCAGUUUACCCGAAUACUCUGAACAGCUAGAAAAUCACUUGGGAAACCCUGAAGAGCAUCUACCCAGAGACUGCACACUGCCUGUCCCUGAGCAGAAGCCCGCUCUAGGAGGGACAGCUGAGAGCGCCAACCAGGGAGACCCUCUCAGCCCCGGAGCCCAGGAGCCAAACCGUCCCGGAGAGAAACCACACCGAUGCACGCACUGUGGGAAACGUUUUGCUAACAAGAAGCUCCUUAAUGGGCACCUGAAAAUUCAUUUGGGAGAGCUCCCUCACAAGUGCCUCGAAUGCGGCAAAGGAUUCCUUCGUAGGUCAGACCUCUCCAGGCAUCAGCGAAUCCACACGGGGGAGACACCCUAUGAAUGUCCCGUGUGUAACAAGCGAUUCACCCAGGGCUCACACCUUAAAUUGCACCAGAAAGCCUAUUCUCAGCAAGAAACAUACCGCUGCGCGGAGUGUAGGAAGAGUUUUUGUAAUCGAACAAGUUUAAUAAGACACCUGAAAGCCCACACAGGUGGAAAACCCCACAGGUGUCACAGUUGUGGGAAGAGUUUUAGUCGACAGACAGAUCUUACUUUGCACCAGAGAACACACACUGAAGAGAGGCCGUUUAUAUGCGAGUAUUGUGGGAAAAGCUAUAGGCAGAGAUCAAGCCUUGCUUUUCAUUUAAGAAUCCAUGCAGAGCAGAGGCCGUAGAAGCGUAGUCAUUGUCCUCCAAGCUUCAUAAAGGAUGCCGGCCUUCGGAUGCACCAAGCCGCUCACUUCAGAGAAGAGGUCUCUGAGAGUUUGUUGAGGGAAUCAGCUCUGACACAAAUCAACACGAAUUCCCAAAAGCCUCUGCCUACACUGGGCUGUCUGGGAAGAACAUUUUGUUUGAGUUCAUUCAUUACAACAGCUGUAUGUUUUACUGGUUUAAAACCCAUCUUCCAAGGCCAGUAAAUUCUAGAGUAUUCACUGACUCUUGCCAUCAUUCUGGAUUUCAUUUUUUUUCUGUCUCUGCAAGCCUUAUUUAAUCAUUACGAU